AUGCCAAAUGCCUUUUCUAACCUGUACCAUUAUACUCCCAUCCAAUGGACACCUUACCCCAUAAAUGUCCACCCACCUACUUCCACACCCGUUACAGCUUCAACCACACAACAAACAACACCUUCAAAUAACAAUACUGUCGGUGAAUCAAGAGGAUGGCGAAACAAGCAAGAGAAAGUGCAGUUUGACCUAAUCCCAAUCCCAUAUACUGAACUCUUCACUCAGUUAGUUGCAAACCAUCUAGUGGCACCUUUAUACAUAAAGCCAUUAAAACCUCCAUUCUCGAUAUGGUAUGACGCUUCCGCCCAUUGUGAUUAUCAUUAUGGAGUCGAAGGUCACUCGAUCAAGAAUUGUACAACAUUCAAACAUAAGGUGCAAGGGUUGAUCAAGGCAGGAAUCCUGAAUUUUGAAAAGAAGCUAGAACAGAAUGUUAACAAUAACCCACUGCCAAAUCAUGCUUGGGCAAGGGUAAAUGCAAUCGAAAGGGAGGUGCAUGUUAAAAGGAACAUUCUGGAAGUGAAAACCCUCGUGGAGAAAGUGUUUGAAGCAUUGGUAAAGGCCGAUAUGCUUGAGGUUUGGCCAGAAUAUCCUGACGUGAAUAAUUCGGAAGAUAUCCAAGGACCAUACUACUUAGAUCACAAAAGAUGUAUGGGGCAUUUAAUUCUAGAUUGUAGUUCUUUCCGAAAGGAAGUGCAAAGGAUGAUGGAUGAAUCAAGGAUUGAAUUCUACAUGGAAGCCUUAGGGCCAACAGUAAACAUGAUGGCCAAAGAUUCCACUCACCCAAUAAAGAUAAAACUUUUAACCAUUUUCUAUGAACCAAGAGGAGAGUCUGUGGAAGACAGAACCCAUGCCAAAAUGACCAUCGAAGUCCCUAAACUUUUCUCCUACAAAGAUGACAAAGUUGUCCAAUGGAACUACAAUUGCAAUGUACAAGUUUCAAAUGCGGGGAAAUGGAUGGCUGAAUCUCAAGAUAAUGCUGCAAAUAUAAUUGGUGUUAGGGGGAUUACCCGCAGCGAACAUGGCUCGAAGGGACCGAUGACGAAAAAGGAAGCUGCAGAGUUCCUCAAGUUCAUCAAACACAUUGAGUACAAUGUGAUCGAGCAAUUGAACAGGUUGCCUACUCGUAUCUCACUGUUAUCAUUGCUCCUUAGCUCGGAACCACAUAGAAAUUCUUUGAUGAGGAUUCUGAACCAAGCAUAUGUGGAUCACGACAUUUCAGUUGAAAAUUUAGACUACAUCAUUGAAAACAUUUCAGUGGGUAAUAUAAUAUCCUUUAGUGAUGAAGAAAUCCCUUCUGGAGGUAGGGGAAACUACAAAGCCUUGCAUAUCACUACCAAGUGUAAAGGCUAUACCAUCGCAAAAGUACUGCUUGAUAACAGAUCGUCCUUGAAUGUGAUGCCCAUGAGGAUCUUGGCCCGCUUACCCAUCGACAUGUCUUAUAUGAGAAAGAGCCAGAUGAUUGUGAGAGCCUUUGAUGGGACAAGGAGAGAAGUAGUAAGGGACAUUGAAAUAUCGAUAAAAAUAAGCCCGUGUACCUUUUCCACUAAAUUCCAAGUUAUGGAUAUUGCUCUUUCAUACAAUUAUUUGUUGGAAAGACCUUGGAUCCACAUGGUUAGGGCCAUACCUUCAUCGCUUCACAAAAAGGUCAAGUUCAUCGUGGAUGGGAAGAUUGUAUGUGUUAACGGGGAAGAGCACUUACUCAUAAGCAAGCCAGCAAAUACUCCUUAUGUGAAAGUAACGAAAGAAGUGUGUGAAUGUUCCUUCUGA